AUGGCAGUGGCGAAUAUGGUGUUCUCUGACGUGGAAAGUUUUCUGGACUCGCAUCCCGACUUGUUCGAGGACUACCUGAACAGAAAGGGGAAUUAUAGCAUGGUGGAGAAAUGGCUCAAGAAUCACCAGGCGAGCAAAAGUCCGGCGGCCGCUGCUCCCGCCGAGCCGAGGGGAGAGGAGAAGAGCAACGCGUGCAAGGACAGCUGGGCGAGCAAAUGUGACGGUCUGCAGCGGAGAGCGUCUCAGAAGGAGCUGCGCAAAACUUUCGCCAGAUCCAAGGCCAUCAACGUGAACAGGACAUACGACGAACAUGUGAAUUCCAGGGCCCAGGAGCCGCUGACGAGCAUGAGGAGGAGAGCCCUGCUGAGGAAGGCGAGCUCUCUGCCCCCGACCACUGCGCACAUCCUGAGCGCACUGCUGGAGUCCAGAGUCAACAUCCCCCAGUACCCGUCCACAGCCGUGGAUUUUAAAUAUUACCUCAAAGAACACAACGAGAGAGAGUUUUUCCUGGAGCUGGUCAAAGACAUCUCGAACGACUUGGAUCUAACGAGUCUCAGCUACAAAAUCCUGGUGUUUGUUUGUAUUAUGGUCGACGCAGACCGGUGCUCCUUGUUUUUAGUGGAGGGAACGGGCAACAAGAAAACACUAGUGUCCAAAUUCUUUGACGUGCACGCAGGUACCACGGUUCUGCCCUCUAUGAAUUCGGAUGAAGUUCAGGUGCCGUGGGGCAAAGGGAUCAUUGGAUACGUGGCUGAGCACGGGGAGACGGUGAACAUCCCUGACGCUUAUCAGGAUCGCAGGUUCAGUGAUGAAAUUGACAAGCUGACAGGGUACAAAACCAAGUCGCUCCUGUGCAUGCCCAUUCGCAACAGUGACGGAGAGAUCAUUGGAGUCGCUCAGGCCAUCAACAAGACCUCCAGUGGCGAACUCUUCACCGAAGAUGAUGAGAAGGUGUUGCAGAUGUACCUGCCCUUCUGUGGAAUUGCGAUCUCCAACGCCCAGCUCUUCUCAGCCUCACGGAAGGAAUACGACAGGAGUCGGGCACUCCUGGAGGUAGUCAAUGACCUGUUUGAAGAACAGACUGACCUGGAGAAGAUUGUCAGGAAGAUCAUGCACCGUGCCCAGACGCUGCUUAAGUGCGAGCGCUGCUCUGUUCAGUUGCUGGAGGACAUUGAGUCACCGGUGGUGAAGUUCACCAAGUCAUUUGAGCUUCUGUCCCCGAAGUGUAGCGCAGACACUGAGAGCAGUUUCAAAGACAGUAUGGAGAAAUCGUCGUACUCAGACUGGCUCAUCAACAACAGCAUUGCAGAGCUGGUGGCGUCAACAGGACUGCCGGUGAACAUCAGCGACGCCUAUCAGGAUCCUCGCUUUGAUGCUGAGGCAGACCAGUUCUCUGACUUCCACAUCCGCUCUGUGCUUUGUGUUCCUAUAUGGAACAGCAACCACCAGAUUAUUGGUGUCGCCCAAGUGCUGAACAGGCUCGAUGGGAAACCGUUCGACGAUGCGGACCAGCGUCUCUUUGAGGCGUUUGUGAUCUUUUGCGGACUGGGCAUCAACAACACCAUCAUGUACGACCAGGUGAAGAAGUCUUGGGCCAAGCAGUCUGUGGCUUUAGAUGUUCUUUCUUACCAUGCCACUUGCUCCAAGACUGAAGUUGACAAAUUCAAGGCGGCUAACAUUCCCCUGGUCUGCGAGCUGGGCAUCGAUAAGCUCUCCUUUGAUGAUUUCUCCCUGGAUGUUGACGCCAUGAUCACGGCCGCCCUGAGAAUGUUUAUGGAGCUGGGAAUGGUGCAGAAAUUUAAGAUCGACUACGAGACACUGUGCAGAUGGCUGCUGACUGUCAGGAAAAACUACAGAAUGGUCCUCUACCACAACUGGAGACACGCGUUCAACGUCUGCCAGUGCAUGUUCGCCAUGCUGACGACGGCGGGUUUCCAGGAGACUCUGACAGAGGUGGAGAUCUUAGCGCUCAUUGUAGGUUGCGUGUGCCACGACUUGGACCACAGGGGCACCAACAACGCUUUUCAGGCAAAGACGGGUUCAGCUCUUGCUCUUCUUUAUGGGACCUCUGCUACACUGGAGCACCACCACUUCAACCACGCUGUUAUGAUCCUGCAGAGCGAGGGUCACAAUAUCUUCUCCAACCUCUCGUCCACAGAGUACAGCGACCUCAUGCAGCUGUUGAAACAGUCCAUCCUGGCCACGGACCUCACUCUUUACUUUGAGAACAGAAACAUGUUCUUCGAGCUGGUCAGCAAAGGAGAGUACAACUGGAACGUGAAGGGUCACAGAGACAUGUGCAGAUCCAUGAUGAUGACGGCAUGUGACCUCGGUGCUGUGACUAAGCCCUGGGAAAUAUCCCGCAAGGUGGCAGAGCUGGUGACGAGCGAGUUCUUCGAGCAGGGCGACAGAGAAAGAUUGGAGCUGAAGCUCACGCCCUCGGCCAUCUUUGACCGAAACAGGAAGGACGAGUUGCCGGGGCUUCAGCUGGAGUGGAUUGAUGGAAUUUGUGCGCCGCUGUACGAGACUCUGGUCAAAUUGAAUCCUAAACUUCAGCCGAUGCUUGACAUGAUCAACGCCAACAGGGCCAAAUGGGAGGAACUGAACAGGAAGCGACAACGUGGCCAGAGUGUUUCUGCGCCCGCCAGCCCCUGCAGCGGCGACAGCACAGAAACCAGCGGCUGCACCGUGGCCAAAACCGGCAGCACGCCCUGUUGCAGCGGCGACGCCGACGGCACACCGUCCAAGGCCGCUAGUUAG